AAUUCCUGGAUGAUGACAUUGUUGACUCUGUUAUCACACAUCAUGAACCACCAUAACAACUCAACUUCGAUCUCUACCUCACCUGGAGAACAAGCGGCUACUGUUAUUUGCGGACUUUGCUUUCUGCUGGGAAUCUCUGGGAACAUCGCAGUGGUGGUGUUCCUACUACGGCACUUCAAGCGGGACAACUUCACCUUCCAGCUGAUGCUAAACCUGGCUACCUCAGACAUCCUGUCACUUUUGACUCUACCGGUGUGGAUGUAUAGCUUUCUAUUUGGCUGGACCAUGGGCCUUGCUUUUUGCAAGUUUGUCUGUUUUGUUGUCUACACAGGUAUUCACACCAGUGUGCUAACAAUAGCGCUCCUGAGCGUGCAUAGGUACGUGCUGGUCCUGCAUCGUCCUCGGUGGAACAAACUUGGGCAACAAGGAGAGAGGGCUGUGUUGGCGGGCGUGUGGGCGCUUGCUGGUGUGCUCGCCAUCUCCCCGCUGAUCACGUUCAGCAUCAUUGAGGAUGAAGGUAAACUCCAUUGCGAGCAGGUCGUCAGAUCAGAGGGCGAGAAAGUGGCCAUUCUUCUACUGGAAAUCAUGCUACUUUAUGUCACACCAUUGACUAUCCUGAUGACUUCAUACCUCUGCCUGCACAAAAAAGUUAGUGACAGAGCCCUGUCCAACAACAGACUAGCACCACUAGUGACCUGCAUCAUAGUGACAUUUUUCAUCUUUAGUACUCCUUACAUUGUUGUUAGUAUAAUACUGAUGGCUACCUCUUCACCGCCUGUUUUAGCAGUGAGAAGGUUGGCCUACAGGGGACCGAGACGUGCUGUACAGAGCAUUUUUUUCCUGAACAGUUGUGUGAAUCCAUUUCUGUAUGCUUUCAGUUUUCGCUCUCUGCGUCAAAGCUCUGAGAAACGAUCUUUAAAUAAUGUGAACGACAACAUACAAAGAAUAGCAACUUUAUCAUAGGUAACGUAAGCAUAAUUUAACAGUGUAGUAACUUAAUGGUUCGCCUUUAUCACACAUGGUGGUCUUUGUUUCUGUUCUGAA